GUAUUUCAAGACUGAUAGUUCACUGAUUUACGUAAACUUUGUCGCGAUGAUGAUGUUUUCGGUUACUGAUAAACUUGGAGAAGUGCUGUCAGUUUCAGUACGUGAUGUUCCAAAUGAAUGGUUUCUCACUGCCAUUCUUCCUUUUGGGACGCAAUUUACAAUACCAUCGGAGUUCCCAAGAUUACUGAAUUUGCAACAGCCUGCAAGUCGAAAUAAUCUAUUUGUAAACUGGACUAGUGCGUUAGUUUAAGACAAAAUUACUACAUGAGCAUGUAAGAAAAACGAAUUACUGAACAAAGGAAGUUACUGCGACAUCGCUGAUUUGAAUUUCAGUACUUGAAGCGGGAAUGAAAUGGCCGAAUACUCGGAGUAUAUUUGCAGAACAAAUACCUUUAGUAGUCCGGCAUAUCUUGGUUGUGAGGAUAACUCAAGGCAGCCAUGUGGUAAAGGGGCAAUAAAUGCUGUACGACAAUUGAUUCUUAAAAGCCCAACCAUAGGUAGUACACGCACAGACGAUGAAUUUCUUUUACGUUUCCUUCGUGCACGUAAAUGUAAUGUACCAGAUGCCUUUGAGCUUCUGUGCAAUUAUUGCAGCUAUAGACAACAAAACAGCAGCUUAUUUGAAAAAUUUGGACCAGCAGACACAGCUCUCCAGCAGGCUCUCCGUGAUGGGUUUCCUGGAGUAUUACCUCAAAGAGACAGGAGAGGAAGACGAGUUCUUGUGAUUUUUGCUGCUAAUUGGGAUCCCUCUUUAUAUGAUUUGCUUACAAUAUAUAAAGCCAUUCUUUACUCUCUGGAAAAACUUAUUGAAUUGCCACGAAAUCAAGUAAGUGGCUUUAUCUUCAUUGUCGACUGGAGUGGAUUUUCAUUCAGUCAAUCAUCCAAGCUGAAUCCCCGUGUUUUAAAGCUAAUGAUAAAUGGCUUACAAGACUGCUUCCCAGCAAGAUUCAAAGGGGUUCAUUUUAUAAACCAGCCUUGGUAUGUUGAGGCCGCACUGACAGUUAUCCGUCCAUUUCUGAAAGAAAAGACAAGAGAAAAAAUAUAUCUACACGGCAACAAUAUGAGUACACUACAUGAGUGUAUAGCACGAGAUGUACUGCCAGCAGAGCUUGGAGGAGAAGGACCCUCGUACAAUCAGCUCUCAUGGGCAGACAAAGUUUUGGAGGCUGAGGACAGCAGGACAGAUAAUAAUACGGUUCAGCUGACUCCUCCCUUCAAAAGGAAGGAGAAUUCUCGGUAGUUGGUGCCAGAGGAUUUGUCAGUAAAGCUUGCCAACAUUCCACAAGUGUAUGUGAUUUUUAUUAGUUGAUGGAGAUGACAAUUUUGGCUUGUAUUAUGAUGUUAUGGAGUGAUCUCACUUUAUUAAAAAUAUUGGUAUUUCAGUAUUACAACUAGUCUUAAUAAGUGUGUAUGUGGAUUUGUGAUACUGUUCACACAAAUGAGCAACUUGUACAAAUUGUAUUUUUUUUAUAUUUAUAAGAAAACAUAUUUUUCAUAAAAGCAUACUGUUUUUAAAAAUGUGUUUUGGAAAAAUUAUAUGAUAAAUAUGUGAGUUUGUUUUGGCAUAAAAUGUUAAGGCAAGGACAGUUUCAGUAUUCAAUACACUAAAGAGCAGCUAUCAUAUAUUUUAAAUUAAUGUUUCCUCAGUUGUGUGUCUAGUUGAUCAGAUGUAUUUUGUGAAUAAAUUUUAACUAUUUAAAAGGUUGUUGACAGUGAGUUUCAUACUUUGACAAAAACUGUGCUAGACUUCAAGGAUUGCAAUAUUUUAGAUAUGAUUUAGGGUUUCUAGAGUUGUAUGAUUUAAAUUAUGGUAUUAAUGAAAAAUAUUAUAAAGACGAAAAAUCCAUGACUAAGGAUGGGGUUGUGGGACAAAUGUGGGAUUAUCUCUCGUUACCAUUUUUCAUUGGGAGGCUGAGGUCAAGGACCAGACAGUAGUAGUUGAUCUUAAUGGUAUCAGAGGGGAUUUGGUUGUUAAAGAGAUAUGACAGAGAAGAAAAAAAACUAAAUCUGUUAUGUAUGAAAAUACAGAAAACAAACAGCCUGUUUUGCUAAUCAACCAAAAAAUGGUUAUGUGGCAAUCCAUUGUCUGCCAGCCCAACAAGGUUGUAUAUAAUUUCUGUAAAUUGUAUAUGAAUUCCAUCGAAUUUAUAUGAUUGUCACCAAUAUUCAUGUUUCUACACAGAACUUUGUAAGGUAUUUGUAAAAUCCUUCACUUGAACAUUUUGGACAUGUGAACAUUGCAAUUAGUACUAAGAUGGACUAUCUUUAAAAAAAAUUUCUUUGAUGUUGUAUCUUUGCAUAGAGAUUCUCUGAAGUCUGAUCUUUGUAUACAGACACUUUUGCUGUUGUAGAUAGGUUUCUUUUAGUGUUUUAUGUCAAGUUGUGUGCUUCAAAUUUUUAUUAUUGUUUAUAAGAGUGAUGCUUUAAUUACACUGUUGUUUGUAUCACUUACACCUAUUAAAUGACAAAGUAACCUAAAUAAUCUUGCCUGAUGACUGUUCUUACUUGGGGGGGGGGGGGGGGGGGGACACUGAUGCCAUUUGCUUGUGACUGGUUAUACUCAAUGCUGUAUCACAUUAAAUUUACUUAAAUAUUUUGAAAAAAAAAACUGACCUUCACUUAAAUUUUUAUCAUUCUUUCAUUCUAACCUUAAGCACUUGUAAAUGUUUUUAAAUUGUUGCCUUUUCAAAACGUGUCAAAAAAAGGUCUAGUGAAUCUUUCGACGUAUGAUUUUGUUCAUAGCUGUAGUUCAGUACUGCAGAAUAUUUCAACAAAGAUAAAAAGUCGCUCAUCAACUGCAUAAGAAAACCUUCACUUAGUUCACUUCACCAGUUUAAACUGUCACCUUCAGAAGUGAAAUAGGCUUAAAUCUGUGCUAACCCAAUGUCAAGAUUAAAAUUGGGCAGUAGUGUCCAUUGCAACAGAAUCAAUAAAACAAAGUGACAUCACUAGAAAUAUAUGAUACGUGCAAUGAGUAACAAAGAAUUAACUGUCAAAUCACAAAUCAUACAUAAUUGUGCAAUGAAAGUCAACCAAUAUACCAGCAAACCAUUAAGUGUCAAAUCGCAAAUCGUGCUUAGUACAUGCAGUGAAAGUCAACCAAAAUAGAAUACUAUGUACACUUUGAAAUUUGACAGUUAAUUGUUUGCUACUCAUUGCGCAUAUCAUAUAUUUUUAGCGAUGUCACUCUAUUUUAUUGAUUCUGUUGCAAAGAAAACUACUGGCCGAUUCUUAUUUUGAAGUUGGUAUAUCAGUGAUUUGAGCCUAUUCCACUUCUGAAGAUGACAGUUUAAAACUGUCAAAACUGGUAAAGUCAAACAAUGGAAAAUCCAGGGUGAAAUGUAACAAUAUUAGAGCAAUAUUAGAGAAGGAAAGU